UCUUCCCUCCCCACUUCCACGCUCUCUCAGAUGACCAGACUUUCCUUUGGCUCUCCCUCCCGAAAUUCCGGAGGAUUUCUUCAUAAUAUUCACGGAAUAAGAUACGGUGGCAAUAUAAAAGAGGGCCGAUUGCGCCAUAUAUCGAAGGUUAGCGGUGAAUAUCCAGCGGCAAAGCAGAGAUUCCCCUCAAUUGAUUUCCUUCAUAAAGCGAUUGUCUUUGUGGUACCCACACUCGCCCAUCUAUUGAGCUGAAGCCUCUUCAGCUCAGUCUCUGUGGAUGUUUAUGGAAAGUGAAUCGGCCUCGUGAUGUUCUAUAUUCGGUCCUUAUUCUGCCAUCUGAAUUCUGAGCUGUGAAGAAAUUACGCGUUCAGAUCUUAUUCUGCUCUAACACUGUUUGGUAGUUCGGAAGCAGGAUUUAGGUAUCUUUCCUUUUUUUUGAAACCAGCCUUGUAGAUCAAAUCCCUACUUUGAUUUUGCAGUUCAUGAGAAUUUGCUUCUUUUUUUUUCCUGCUGAAAUUUGAAGUCUUGAAUUCGGAGUUGUUCAUCUAAAGAGAAGUUUGAGUUGAUAAAAGUGAAAUAACGAUGCUGUCAAGGGGAUCAUUGGAAGAGGGGAAAGACCUUUCUGUUAGAUCAACAAAUCAAUAUAAGCCUCUACCUCUAAGAUUACUUCAGUUUCUUCUUUUGUUUCUGGGUAUCUGUGUUGCAUUUUCACUUGUUAGUAUGUACACAGUCCGUUAUUUUGGAAUCCAGACUACAGUUCCUAUGUUACAAUCCGGACUUGAGUCGUGUUAUCAAGAAAUAAGUAGUUUGGAGAAUUGGAUUAGGCCUCCAUCACAUCUUUUGCAUAAUCUUAAUGACACGGAGCUAUUAUGGCGAGCUUCGUUUGUACCACAAGUGAAGGAUUAUCCUUUUAAGAGAAAACCCAGGAUUGCAUUCAUGUUCUUGACUAGAGGGCCUCUGCCUUUGGCCCCAUUGUGGGAGAAGUUUUUUGAGGGAAAUGAGGAGCUCUAUUCAAUCUACAUUCAUUCUUUGCCAUCUUAUACGCCCGAUUUCAACACUUCAUCAGUGUUUUAUGGUCGACAAAUACCUAGCCAGGUAGCAGAGUGGGGAAGGAUGAGCAUGUGUGAUGCAGAAAGGCGGCUUCUUGCUAAUGCAUUACUUGACAUAUCAAACGAAUGGUUUGUCCUCCUUUCUGAGGCAUGCAUUCCUCUUCAUAACUUCAGCAUUGUUUAUCACUACAUAUCAAGAUCCAGAUACAGCUUCAUGGGUGCUGUUGACGACCAAGGACCUUAUGGGAGAGGGCGUUACAAUGCAAAAAUGUCACCCACGGUUAACCUAACCGAUUGGCGUAAAGGGUCCCAGUGGUUUGAAGUAAACAGAAAGUUGGCCGUUGACAUCAUCAAAGAUGAGGUUUACUACCCCAAGUUUGAGCAGUUCUGCAGGCCGGCUUGUUAUGUGGAUGAACACUACUUCCCCACCAUGCUGAGCAUGGAGUCUCCUGGCCUCCUUGCGAACCGGAGUCUGACAUGGGUCGAUUGGUCAAGGGGCGGGCCUCACCCCGCUACAUAUGGCAAGGGUGACAUUACUGAUCAACUGUUCAAGAAGAUAUCUGACAAGACAUGCUUUUACAACAACCAGCUGAACAGUCUCUGCUUUCUUUUCGCGAGAAAGUUUGCUCCCAGUGCUUUGGACCCUUUGCUAGAACACUCAUCCAAAUUCAUGGGCUUCUGAAAAAAAAGCCACUUCCUUUUUUGUGUGUAUGAAAUGACCAUUACUAUACCAUACCCUUACUUGGGGUGAUUACAUUAUUGAUUCGUGCCCAGGAAUGUUUCUAGUAGUAAUUUAGUAGGGAUGAUUGCACGCCCUCUCUAAUAUGUCUUUCCCCGGAGUGUCAUUUAUUGAAGUCAAGAGUGGACAACUAAAAUAGAGGAGGCUCU